AUGGCGCUCGUGUCCAAAAGCUGGUACGAAGUGGUGAACGAGCUGGUAGCUCGUUAUCAGCGUGAUACAAUGCAAUUGACCUUCAAUUUUGGCUCAAGAGCAGAAAUUUUGGCUAUUCGACAACAAGUUCAACUUCGCGGACGAGCAGUACGGGACCUUCGGAUCCGAAUGGGACAUUCUGAUGGCACGCAUUUUGUCGCUGGAAUUUGGUGGUGGAUGGAAGACCGCGAGAUCUCGUGGGACGUUAUUCUUUCACAGCUUCCGGGUCUUAAACGACUGGACUUGAGCUUGUUACCCCUUGAGAGUCAUCAUCUGCCUAUUCUGCUGGACUUGGCAGCCAAAUUUUGUCUCCAAUUGGAAAUGUUGAUACUGCCGAGAAAAUGCGACGUGUCAAAGAUGGUCAAUGGUGCUGCUAUUGACAAAGUUAUGAAAGCUUUAAGAGGUGCAAUGCAAAGGUGGUAUAGGAAAGGAACAUGCGGGGGGUUGAAACAGUUGACAGUGCCUACGAGGGAGGAGCAAGACCGAUGUCAUUCUAGCACAAGGUUUAUCGAAGAUGUCAUUCAUUUUUGUCCUAACAUCGAGUAUCUGGAUGGAUACAAUCAUGUUAUCGAUGAGGUAGAUGACGUGACAUGUGAAGAACAAUGGAUGAUCUCGCUUGAUACGUGGGAGAAAUUCAAUAGAACUUGCACGAGCUUGCGUGGUUUCCAUUGGGCGGUUGUACCCUUUGCAGACCCUUUUUUCAGAGUAUUUGGAAAGUAUGUGAAGCCAAAAUUAACGAAACUAACAUUGACGUCAAAUUUGUCGUGGAAUUGGGAUGAAUAUUUUGAAAGAGAUGACAUAACUGGUAUCCGCUUUGAGGAACCUGGUUAUGGCUUCUUUGCAAACGAUGUGAUUGCACUACUCAAGGGAUGUCCAGCUUUGACGAAGCUUGAGAUUGCGAUUGAUCAAGAGAAAAACGACGAAGCCGCUGCGGCACUGUUAGAUCCAAAUAUCUUUGGAGACAAGUUUUGGAAGGCGCUAGUUUAUCAUUGUCCUCUGCUACAGUCUUUGAAUUUUCAUGACUCUUCUGCGUAUGGAGGAAGCCUUGUCGUCAGACCGAUUAAAAAAUUUACUGAUCGGGGACUACUUGCGCUAGCGGAUCACACGCGUCUGACCUCGAUUGAGUUGCCUGCAGUUUGUUGCUCUGGAGAUGGUGUCUUCGAAUAUAUAAAGCACGUCUUCAGCAAGAAAGAUUUUGCUGGGGGACAUCGUUGUCUUGCCCUGAGCUUAGCAGGCCCAAACGACCAUGACACUGCACUGCCACAUCCAUUCUACGUAGAGCUUGCACAAUUACUGGGGCGCCUCGCUGCAACGAGAGAGGUAGAACUAGGUGUCGCGUCAUGCAGCCACAAAGCGUCGAUCAACGUGUUUAACCCACACAGCUCGUCGGUUGAUAAGGAUUGGAGCAUAUCCUAUCUGCGUGAUGAACUUAAACCCCUAAUGGAAAAAGUAGCAAAAGCGCAUCCAACCCUGGAUGUGCAUGUUGUCCUCUGCAGAAAUACUGAAGACAGUUUUGACCAAAUUGACAACUUGGAGUUAAACUGGUGUCCUGGGUCGCAGCAGGGGGACAUAUUCAUUGACGAUGAGUUUGUUAAUAAUGCCGAUAGUAGUGACAGCGACGAAGACGAUGAAGAGUUUUAUGAUGAUGAAGAUAUUCUUGAUCCUCAGGAGAUUUACUUGAGGCGUCACGCCAUGUUGUUGGAGAAUGAGUAUGAAGUUUUUCCAGAUGAAGUUGACGAAAAUUGA